AUGCGGGGAGUGGCUCUGACAAGAACCGCGUCCCUGCGCGCAGCAAGAGGUGUCUCAGAAGGAAAGCGGCUUGUCGCGCCAAAGCCGGUGCCAUCCUUUAAACCUGUCCCGUUUAAACAGGAUAAGUUCCUCUCCAUCAAGAGCCGCACUGCGGAGACCUACUUCAACGCGCGUCAGCAGAUUCUUAGACGAUCUGCCACUGUAAUGGAGCAGGUCAAGAAGUUACAGCACCAAAAGAAGACGGAGAGCAAUCAUUCUGGUGAGUCGUGUUCAUUUGAGAACGGUGGAAGCAGCAGCGGCAUUGAUGACGGCGAAUACCGUGAACGUGUUCUCAUGAUGACGCCGCUCACGUCACAUAUGGCGGAUGAGGUCGACACAUGGAAUAGAAACCUGAAGAACCUUGGGGCACUUCAGGGAUUUGUUCUCACGGACGAAGUCGUCUACGGAGCUGUGUCUCGGAACAUACGUCUGGGCGCUUUUCCGUAUGUCUUGGAUUGGCUGCGGAGGGUUGCCCAGGAACGUCGCCUGCCCGUUCCCACAGGGAUGCUGCGCGAUCUGCGUGUGUUCAUAGACUUUGUGCAGUCUGCGUUGCCGUCAAGCAGCACCAGUUUGCUCGUGGUCCCAGAAACGCUUCUCGGGGCAUCGGAUGUUGGUGCUACUGCCGCCAUUGGAGCAUCUGCGGAGGACGCAGACGUGGCAGCGUUGCCCCGGUUAGUAAAUGCUUCGCCAUACGUACGUUACUUACUUAUGGAGAUGUACAUCCCCGUGUGGGAAUGCCUGCUGGAGCUGGGCCUCCUUCCAUCUGUGGCGCGGGAUGGGUCAGAGGCAUGGGGACUUCUGAUGGAGCAGCGACAUGAUGACGUGGUGGCAGGCCUGCUCAAUCGUAUGUGCUGUAGCGGGAUCGCGGCCCCACCCAGCAGCAGUAGCAGCAACAGUGCUAGCAAGGAGAACGACGUGGAGGCGCCGACUGUGCUGCAGGCAUUCACGGAGCUGCUCCUCGCCCUUGCACAGUGUGCAGCAGAGGCGAAGGAGUUCCAUCUCCUUAUUGAGUUGCAGUCGGUGUUCUGCACAGUAUUUGUUGAGAGAGGUACCGAUGGCGUGUCAGCCGCUUCUACUGGGUGGCGGCUGAGGCGGAGCCCGUGGUGCGUCAGUGUGGCGGACGAGGAGAUGUUGUGCCGUUUCGCCAAUGACUUUCUGGCGACUGUGUACUACGGCCGACAUGCGUAUCAGAGUGAAGUGACGCUGAGUCGUUGCCUUCGCCCCGCCGAAGCUGACAGUGACGUGCGCGACGAGAGUCCCAUGCAUGAGGAUCACAAAAUGGAAGAAGAUACUGAGGCAUCAUCAUCAUCAUCAUCGCUAUUAUCACAGCAGCAGCAGCAGUAUCACACAGACAGCGGGGAUCUCGAUGCCUCGUCACCCGAAGUAGCGUUGCAGAAGGGCAUCGAUGAAUUGUUGAGGGAGCUACUCGAAAAUGAGGCGGCAGUGCUCCAAGAUGCGUCCCUCUACGCAGCACUGGCGCUGGAGGACGCAUCGUUGUUUCCCGAAUCCGCUGCAGCUGCGCCGGACUGCCGAUUCAGUGCGGCGGAGCUGCAGUGGAUGCGGCUGCACUGCGAUAUGUGCCACCGGUGCCAGAGCGGGGAAGAUGUUGCUGCUGAUUUGGUGGAGCUCUUCCGUCCGGGAGGGGCAGUGGCGCAGAGCCUUGAGGCAAGUCGUGACAAUGUGACGGACCAGCAGUGUUUUCUGGCGCUGGCGAUGGAGACUGUCGUGGCCGUUGUGGCUGCUUCACCAACGCAUGCGACGGAUGGGCGGGUGGUGACGGCUCGAGUUGUGGUGGAGCUGCUUUCGCGCUUGGCGGAGCAGCAGCAGGAGCAGGAAAAGCCGAUCCUGUUGCCUCUCUACAGUGCAGCGUCUGCGGUGGUGCUUCUAGCCCCUUCCUUUGGCGUCCCCAGCAGCAGCAGUAGUAGUAGUAUUAGCGUCGGUAGCAGUGGGACUCCCGUAUGGAAUGAGGUAGACGCAAAGGGAGAGAGUGACAUCGAUGCUGCACACGACGCAACGCAUCUCCUAGAGGCUUUGCUACCUAGUAUCGUGGGGCAGCCAACAGGUUUUGGUAACGCGUGCAGCGCAGUCCUUUUGGUUCUUAUUAGGGCGGAACUGUGGGAUUUGGUGUUGUGUGUAUUGCGCAAGCUGGACGAUGCCAACGAAGAGGGCGGCGAAGAGCACGGAAUCAGCAGUGUUGUGGUUGACCAGCGCGUUUGGGCGCUGACGUUUCGUAAGGCUCGCGAUGCCGGACGGGCAGAUAUUUGUCUCCUCCUGCGGCGCAAACGUGAGAGACUGUUUUACUAG